GCGAGGAAAGCCCAUCCCUUUAAGAGCGAGUGGGACAUAGCGGUGCGAGGAAAAGGAGAGGAGGGGGAGAAGAAAGAGGAAUUAAAAAAGAAAAGGAAGAAAGAGACAGGGAGGGAGGAGGGAGAGCGGGCGAUAAAAAAAGAAAGAUGACAUCCUCGCAGCUGAGCGGCCGAGGUGGAGCGAUGGGCUGCGGCCCGGCGACAGCGCCGCUCGCCGGGGUCACGGCUUGAAACCGACAGCGAGGCUUCGACAAACACCCGAGUGGCCUAUUGAGGGGAAAUCGGAAAAAAUAGAUCCUCAAAUUAAAAAGCAAAGCAUGGGCUGCGGUGCCGCCAGACGCGCGUGCGACUACCCAUAUGUGCUUCCGUGCGUAAAAAGCGCAUUUAUUUUACGCAGAUUGGUUUUGGUUUGUUGCUAAAGUGUAACACCGAGCUGUGCGUGGGUUGUUUUGGAGGUUCUUUUUUGUCUUAGGGGGGUUGGUAUUAUUUGUUUAGGAAGUUUUAACAGGGUGCUCUUGCGCGUGCAGGGAGAUUUUAUGAAUUAAAGUUGGGAAGCAAAGUGAAAGGAGGAACAGGCCCGUGCAGGAGCUGGCCUGCUCCACCACCACCUCCACCGCUGCCUCCCUGUGCGCACACGGCCGAACUGCGUUACCCAACAGCUGCGUGCAUGUUAAUGUCGGAGCAUUAGGCCGCCUCGAUGAGAAUAGCACCAUUCUGCAGAGCACUUCAUCCACGUUUUUGCGAGAGAGAGAGAGUCCGGGAGGCCGCGGAUCAUCGCGCUGCAGGACGCACGGUCGUGUGCGCCGCCACCAUCGCUGGGCCCAGUCGCACCAUGCACAGGAUCCCAAUCAGGAACUGACUUUAUAAUCUCCGUGGCGCAAAAUGGAUGCUGCUUGGAGCAAUUUCCUCUUCCAGCAUACUCCCACCCAAAACCAAGUGGAGGGGAGUCUCCAAUCAGAGCUCAUACCCGUGCAUACGAGUUCUCCCCAAACCCCACCCACAGAGCACAUAGCACAGCCUCCUUCUACUGUGGACACUGCUGCCCUCAAUGAGGAUCCCCUGCCCGUGAAGCCAGUGUCGCGGCCGACCCGCGUGCCCCACAUCUGUGCCAUCUGCAACAAGCAGUUCAAGAACAACUACAACCUGCGGCGGCACCAGUCGGUCCACACUGGGGUACGCAUGAAGGACAGGGCCAGAGAGCAGGCGGAGGGGGCAAAGGAGGGAGCAGCCUGCCAGGUGGCGGUGGCGGCCCCGUCGGCGAUGGCGGUGGGGGCCGGAGGGAGGACGGAGAGGCCCACUGUUCCCCUCUCCCUGCUCCACCUCUCCGCGCCACUCCCUCUCGCCCCUCCCGGCGUGCUGGUGGGUGCACAGCAGCCUCCCCUGGGUAGUCAGGAUGGUGAAGGGGUUGCCAUGCCAAACCUAAUGGCUAGUGUUAACCCCCAUGCUCCGCCUCCUGCUGCUGUCGUCAUGGCCACAGGGGCGACAGUACAGCGGCCCUCGAAUCCCAACCCCAACCCGGUGAGGAAGAACCACGCCUGCGAGACGUGCGGGAAGGCCUUCCGCGACGUCUACCACCUCAACCGCCACCGCCUGUCCCACUCGGACGAGAAGCCCUUCUCCUGUCCCAUCUGCCAGCAGCGCUUCAAGAGGAAGGACCGCAUGAGCCACCACGUGCGCUCCCACCAGGGCGGAGUGGAAAAACCCUACGUCUGCCCCCACUGUGGCAAGGCUUUCUCCAGGCCUGACCAUCUGAACAGUCAUGUCCGACAGGUGCACUCCUCAGAGCGACCUUUCAAAUGUCCAACCUGUGAGUCCAGCUUUGCCACGAAGGAUCGAUUGCGUGCGCAUAUGAUCCGCCACGAGGAGAAGGUCCCCUGCCACAUCUGUGGGAAGCUCCUGUCUGCUGCUUACAUCACAGAUCACAUGAGGGUGCACAACCAGUCGCAGCACCACGCCUGCCACCUGUGUAACCGCAGCUUCACCACGCUGACGUACCUCCGUGUCCAUGCCCAGAAGCACCACGGCCAGGAGUGGAAAGACAGUCCGGGGGGCUUUGGCGGCACAGCCUCCGGUGGCGUGCUCGUCUGCCACUUGUGUGGCAUCCACUGCAAGACGCCCACACAGCUCCAGGGGCACAUGGGCACCCAUGGCAACAACCACGGUGCCCCGAGCCCCGUCACCUCUAACGUGGGUGCCGGCAGCUCCAUCUCCCUCAGCAGCAUGGUGACAGCACCCACUGUGUAUGUCACCGGCAACACGGUGGUGGACCUGCUCGUCACAGACUGCUCUAGCAUCGCAGCACCGCAGCAACACAGUUAGCAAUAGAGAGCCCAGCAAUAAUAACCUCAGUCCCUUAGCGGAGGGCAAGGUUGGAGAAGGUCGGAGUUACUCGUAGAUGCUGAUCCGGUUUCAGUUCUGUCAUGUCCCCCACUUCUAGGUAAGGUCAGGAUCGGGGGUGGGGGAGAUUCACACAGCGCUGCGGAGCUGGAGCCUCCUCAGAGGCAGAGGAUAUGUUGUAUUAAUAGAGCGAUGAAGUCAUGGAAAAAAGGGACCGUUGUGGCUGCAGCAGGUUCACAGACACUUAACGACAAACAUGGAUGUGUCGUCCAAAUAUUCCUGAAUGCUCUUGUGCAUUAAAGACUCCAAUGAAACUGUGGUAUUGUGAGCAUCUACUGUAUUACUCUCCCCUCUCUGCCCUGUCUCUCUCUUUGGCUGCUCUCUGCAAGUGCACCAAGUACUGUAUAUCUCACACCAGCUCUGAUCUUACCUCCAUUUUGCAACUCACGUACUGAGAAUCCAAAUGGCUCGUGUUUUUUUUUUUAAGUAGGGUGAGAGAAGGACCCUACAUAGACAUAACGGAGAAACACAAUAGUCAGGAAGCUGCGUGCUUGGGUGUGUGUGUGUGUGUGUGGGUGUGUGUGUGUGUGUGUAAGUCAGGGGCUCUUCUAGCAUGGUAGUGUGUUUGUCUACAUAAAGUAAAAUUAGAUUUCGAGCUAGUUUCUAGAGGGCUGUUUCUAGAUCAGGACAGAUGACCAGGCACGCGUCGUGGUUGGUGUGUAAACGUAUCGUGGGAUGUACUUUUUUUAUUUGUUUUCUUAACGUACAGAGAUAAGAAUAGAGUCGUUUUCAGGAGUGUCAAGCACCUUAUGUUGUUAUUGUUUGAUCCGGCAGGGAUCAAAAUGGGUUUGAGAUUUCUUGGGUUUUCUUGCUCUGAGUCUUCCUCUCUGGGUCUGGCCGUGUUUUAAAGAGAACAAAAAGAAAAACAUACCUGCUACUCAACACUUCGGCUUCGGACAUGGCGAUUCUUGCACCAGAGAGCUACCUUCUGCAUGAAAACAAGCUUGCUCUGUCAUGCUUAAAGUUAGGGAGGCGUCACAACAAAAUAAACUUUUAGCAGUUCCGCUAAGUUAGUCGGCUGUAAACAAUAAUAUUUAUAAAAGUGUUGAUUUUUAUUCAGAAUAAUUUCCGUUGGCCAUUCAUUUGAUUGUAACUGUCUUUGCCAUUUCGUUUGCUCUAUGUACCAGUCCAACGAGUAAAACUUAUGCAUUAGAUUUAGUCAUCUAACUCUGUAUAGCACAUAAUGUUCUGAACACAAGUCAUUAUCGUUCCACAUUAAUCACGUGAAGAGUGCUCACUUCUUCAUUGCCUAUGUUUAGUUAGAGUCAUGUCUGAGGGGAUUUGUGGUGUCGGGGAAAGGGCUCAAAAAGUCACAAGUCAGGCAAAGAAGUCCGAUGGGAGUUCGACAACACCAAUUGGUAUGCUGUAAACAAAUCUUGUUUUUUGUACUGGAGUGCUUUUUCAGUUUUGUGUUCAUAUGUUACCUUCGGAUCUGUAGUUGUUUCUUUCCUUUCUUUCUUUCUUUCUUUCUUUGGAAAUGUGUUCUUCCUGUUGAGAAAAGUAGUGAUUUAUUCAAAAAGUUAAUUUUAGGGUUUCCUCCAUCACACUAAGAAAAAAAGUAAUACCUCUACUCUAGGAAUCUGUACAGCUCUUGUGAUACAUCUUAAUGCCUUAUCGUACUCAACUGCAUUUUAAUUCUUUUAUGAUGAGAUAUUUCAAAUCUUAGUCAUGGAUUCAUUAAGAAUAUUAAUGGGAUGUAUUUAUAUUUAUAUUUUUAUAUUUCUCAACAGUAUGCAUGUCUAAAAGGUUGUUAGAGCAAAAAAAAUCAAUGAUGCUUACUACAGUCAUAAAUAUUAUCUUAUUUUGUAGAUGAAGUAGAUGAACAUGUUAUUAUUUUGUAAUUUGGACAGUUUAAAGUAAAAAGGGUAAACAGG